GUCGCGGAAUCGGCAAACGACCGAAUACUCCGUUCGCCCGGUGUUUUCGGUCACCGAUAAACAGUCUGCCGACGGAGAGUGUCUCGUUCGUUCGUUCGUUUUAAUCCGUAACGAAAACGUUUUGGCGAGUGGCCGACCGAGUAGCGCGGCACAACGGCGAACGGAACGCAACAAACCGUUUACCGAGGGUCGCCGAAACCCGUCCAUUAUCGUCGCGGGCAGGUGCAUUUCGGAACAGUAACUUCGAUAAAACACCGUUUCUCGCUUAUUUCGAACGACUUCGGCGUGUGGCGACCGCGGUCAAGGACCCCUGGAAUCGCGGUUGCGACGCAAUUAUUUUCUGCAACACGCAGUCUAAUCACGGACGUAGAUAAUAAAUAUAGUAGUAUAGUUAUCUAUGUCGGCGCCACGGACCUUUACCCGGUGAUCCGCGCGUAAUACGAUAUUCAUACGCGUCGUGCUCGCCGGCCAGCUGGCCGCAGGUAGCGCGGAACAAUUAUCUACAUCCGUGAUAAUACCCCGUCUGCGGGGCCGCGAUAACAGAAUACCGCCGUUGCUGCAUGGUUAAUGGUUAAUUAACCCUGUCCGGACGUUUCGACGUCAGUGCGUUAUCAAUUACCAACGACAAUUCGCGUUCGGUGUUUGUAAUUUUUUGCGGAAAACGUACCGAACGAUGUUCUCGUUUCGUUUUCUGUGGCGCGCGCGAACCGGUGUGCACUGCAACUAACUACUCGCGAUCGCGAUUCCUACCCAACCGCGAACAUAAUUAUUAACCCCGCCCAGUUAUUGGUACAUUGUUGUUGCACGGGCAUCACGACUACUUUACCCAUAGCCCACCGUUGAUAUUUUCCCCGGUUUUCGAAUUUUUUUCGUUAAAGUUAAUUAAAUUUCUGCGACAUCUUCAGGAAACAAUGGCCGGUAAUAAAAAGGUAAUGUCAAUUGUUUUUGUCUUGUUAAUAAUCGUUCACCGAAGUAUCAACGGGCACGUACUUACGAAAUAUUGUGCCUACCCAUAUUGUACAUUAUCGACUAUGAUUUUGAACGGGGGUUUCUCUAUUGUAUAGUACUGUGAGACCUAUUUUGUCGCAACACAAUUACCGUUGCCAACUGUUGAUUGGAUAAUUAAAACUAAUCACUAAUUUUACUCUAUUUUCUGGCUGCAAACGUAUUGUUUUGUGUUACAGUUUACUUGUGCAUAAUUGUGGAUUGCAUUAGCUUCUAUUAUUCGUAAUAUUAAAUGUGAUAUUGGUAUUGCCGUUCGACAGAGUAAUUAAAAAUACAAAAUACAAUACUGCCGUUCCGUUCCGUUGUCCAUUUUGUUUUUAAGAGGCACCGUGGAAUUUAUUAUUACCUGCAUAUUUGUAUAAUAUGCAACAAUUGUAUACAUAAUGUCAUUAUUAAUGAAUAAAAUAAAUGACAAAUGAAAAUUAUAGCCGUUUCAUUUAUUAUUAACGUUCACAACUGAAGAUAACAGAUAUACAGAUAUUAUUUAUUGUUAUUAAAUAAUAUCGAGUUUUAAUUUUAAAUGAGUCAUGUAAUGGUUUAUCGAGGUGGGUGAUUUAUUUCAUACGAAUGAACUUACUAAAUAAUGGUGUGGUGAGACUUAAAUGGUAUGUUGUGCCUACAUUUUUUUUUUUUUUUUUCAUUUUUUUAUGUUAAAUUAGGUACAAUUAUUAACUACCAGGUAUGUGUAAUUUUGGUAGUUUACAUUUAUGUGCCUUGCGAAUGGUACCAAUUUGGAUUUUUUUUUCAAUUAUAUAUAUUUUGUCUUGUUCUCGUGUAUUGUCUGAUUAAAGUUGAUAUUUUAUAGAUAGAGGACAAUUUUAAAUUUCAUUAAAAUAAAAUAAAAAUGGUUGCUAAUUGCGUUAUACAUAAUUUUUAAACUAAAAACAGUUUUUAUAAAUAAGUUUUUCUAUAGUUUUUAUAAAUACUAAUAAUUUAAAAUUAAAAUCAUUAUCAUAUCUAUUAUGUUUAAUGCCUACAUAUUAAUUAGAAAACUGAUUUCCAUAUACCUACUUGAAAUCCUCAAAAAAAACAUUUAAAAUCGUAAAAAAGGUAUAGAAAAAACACUCUUAAAAAUAUUUUAAAGUGUUUUUUCCAGGACUUUUUGAGGUUUUUAAAUGCUUGUUUUGUGGAUUUUAAGUGGAUAUAAAUCUGUUCCCUAAUAAUAAUAAUUGUUCAUUUAUUACUCACCGUUUUUAAAACCUAACAAUACAUAAAUAUAUUAAAUAUACCUAACUAUGUACUUAUUUAUUAUUGUAUAAUUCUUAACAGUUGAAACAGUAAAAUAUUUAAAUAGUAUUUAUUAUUUAUUCGUUUAGUAAAUGACAUUUUAAAAUAAUGAAUAAUGUAUAAUGUAUUUUUUAUUGUUCCAUACUUUAUUAGGCAUUUUAAAUUAGCAAUAAGGUUUGAAUUAAUUUGAGCAAUAUAAAACAUAUAUUUAUACAAUGUAUAUUUUUUCAGGAAAAAGUGGAAAAAGUUCAUGUGAGGAAGAGUCGUUCGCCGGCCAAGAACCUAAGAACAUCAAAUACUUGUAACUGUUUGUUAUAUGUACUUUCAUUUAUUCGAUUCAUCUAUGACUACAUUGUAUCAUUUGUUUUUGACUAUGUAUACAAAGAUACACCAUCAAAAACAUUACCGCCAGUAGAGGAUAAACUAGUUCUUGAAUCUUGUUCAACUAUUGUCAAUAAGAUUAAAAAUAAAGAAGUUACGUGUCGUCAUGUUACUGAAUGUUUCAUUAAACGAAUUAAACAAGUGAAUUCAAUCUUAAAUGCUGUGGUUGAUACACGUUUUGAAAAAGCUUUAAGUGAAGCUGAUGAGUAUGAUAAACUCAUUGAGUUGGCUGAUACAGAAGAAAAAAUUAAUUUAAUUUUUGAUGGUAAACCAUUAUUUGGUGUACCAUUUACAUCUAAAGAAAGUACUGGAGCGAAAGGAAUGGCUUGGACUUUUGGUAUGCUAUCUAGAACUGGCAUUAAAUGUAAUGAAGAUGCAGAAGUUGUUAAAUCUUUAAAAACGGCUGGUGCAAUACUCAUAGGAGUAACAAAUGUCCCAGAAAUAAACUUAUGGUGUGAAACAAGAAAUAAAGUUUAUGGACAAACAAAUAAUCCAUAUAAUACAAAUUUUACAGCUGGAGGUUCUUCUGGAGGAGAAGUACUGUUAAUAUAUUAUCAAGUUUAAUAAAACAUAUAGUGAAAGAAUAUUUGUUAUUUUAGGCUAGCAUAAUAUCAGCUUGUGGUAGUCCUUUGGGUCUUGGUACAGAUAUUGGCGGAUCUGCACGUAUACCUGCAUUCAAUUGUGGUUUAUUUGGGCAUAAGUUAACAACAGGUAAGCUAAUAAUUUGUUUAUUUUGAAUUUUGUUUUAAAAAUUGCAAUAAUUCGUAUAGAUCAUGUUUGUUAAUUUAUUUUAGAUACUUUGUUCUUUAUUUACAUAUGAAUGGUACAGGGGAAGGAGAGCUAUUAAUCUAUUUUUGAAAAUUGUUCAGCAGAUUUAAAUUUUUCAACUGCUCUAUGGACCACAUUAUUUUGCAACCAUUAUAUCCAAUAUUUUACCUUCAAAAUUACCCAAUUAAAAUUUGUUCAUCAAAUAAAACUCAACAUUUGAUAAUAGUUUCAAAGCACCAUCAAAUGUUAUUAUCAGAAUUGAAGAAAUGGACUACUAUUUUUCUUCCUCUGUGCUCUUUGUAUGGUUUACUGCUAUUUUAAACUGGAUAUGCAGGAAGUUAUACAAAUUUUAUUUUCACUUUUAAAAGUAGUAGGUUUAGAUAAAAUAUAUUUAACAACAUAUUGCUAUUUUGUCAUUUUGGUUUUAAAAUUUGUUUAGGACUUAUAAACACCAAAGGUAUGACAUUUAGAAAAGGUACAGAAAAGCAUACAAUGGUCAGUGCAGGACCUUUAACUAAAUAUGCUCAAGAUCUAAUACCGGUAAUUAAAGCUUUUCUUGGACCAGAAAAAUCUUUGGAAUUCAAAAUUAGCCAAGAGGUAAAAUGAUAUUUAAUUAUUUUGAUUAUUAUAAUUUUCUUUUGCUAUAAUAUGAAUAUGUACUGUGCAUGAUGAUCAAUCUAUAGUAAGACAUUAAUUAUAUUGGAAAGUUUUAAUUUUUUUUUAGAAUUUGUUUUAUAGAACAUUUAAGAGACAAGAAGCUCUACAGUUUUACGUUUAUAUGUUAUUUUUUGUUACCCUUAUUUUUGGAGGUAAAACCACUAUCUAUUUUCGAUUUUCAAAUGGCAAUCUAUAUUACAAAUUCCUUAAAUAGAUAUAGUAUAUUAGUUAAAAUACAUUUUACUGUUCUCCCCCGAUCCAAAAUUAAAAAGUGGAAUAUCUCGUUAACGGAUGAAAAAUGCCUAUACUAUUAUUUAUUUUAACUAAUAUUCCAUAUACUUAUGAAAUUUUUAAUGUAGGCUGCUAUUUGAAAAUCAAAAUUAGGUAGUAGUUUUACUCUCAAAAAUAAAGGUAACAAAAAAUAACAAAUGUAAAAUUGUAGAGCUGCUUGUUUCUUAAAUGUUCUAUAAAAUAAAAAAGUUAAUAUUUUCUGCAAUAAUGAGUGUUUUAUGAUAAAUUGAUCACCUUGUAUAUGUUACAUUAUUGUCUGUAUUGUACAAUGGAUCCCUGUUUUUUUUCUAUAUUGGGUAUAUGAUUCAUCUAUUAAUUUGAGAAUAAGAUUAACUGCAUCAAAUAUGCUAUUAGAAAUUACCUAAAAACUGGAAGCUAAUAAAAAUUGUUUAAGAUUUUAGAAACAGUGAAGUUUAAUAUAGCAUUCAAAUUAAAUUGUCAUAACAGUUUUCCAUACCAAUUUUAAUUUACAUAAAAGUAAUAUACAAAUUGAGGGAAUAAUUGACUAAAAUCAGGGAGAAUACAAAAUUCAAUUAAUAAAAUGGUACAAGUAACAUUUUAACAAUUUUAAUGAACUAAAAUAAAUAAUACUUAAUUUUUAUUUUAUUUUAAUUAUAGGUAUAUAAUAUCAAAUUCUCCACCUUGUUUAAAUAAAUACUAGUAAUAGGUUAAAUAUUUUAAUAGUUUAAUUAUUUAAUAAACCCAAUUCAGUUAUAAUGAUUACUACUGAUCUUUGUCAAAUUAAUUAAAAUAUAGUAACAGUAGUAGUUAUAACUCAUUAUAAAUUACAGAAUGUACAUUUUUUAAAUAUUAUAUGAUCAUUUUUAAUUCAAUUGUAAAAUGAUUAUCAUUGGUUUCAUUUAAAUUAUUUUGAAUUUAAAUUUAAUUAAUAAAAUUAGCUUUGAAUAUAUUUGUCAAUGUUAAAUAAUCAAUAGUAAUGUUAUUAUAUUAAUAAUAUUAUAUAAAAAAAAAAAAUUAAAAUUGUUAAAGUAUAAAAUAUACAAUUCUAUUAUUACAACAACAUUUAUUCCAGUAUUUUGAUAUUAAACAUUAUUAUUUUAUUAUUUAUCGAAAUAAACACAUAAUAAAUUAAAUUAAAAAUCUAGUAUCAAAGUAUUAUUAAUAUACCAUAAAUUAAUUAUCUAGGUUGAUCUUCAACUGAUGUAAAAAAUUCUAUAGUGUUUAAAUUAGGUGUCCAUUUAGUGUAAAAGUUCACAAUUUAGAGAAAACAUUGAUCCAUUUUGUGAGACAGAAAUAACACAAAUUGAAUGUAUUGACUAAAUCUAGUAUAAUAAUUCAAAAUUUGUUUUUAUCAAGUUGGUACAUUUAAAUAUUAUAUUAAAACUGAGAAAAUUGUUGUUUUUUUAAAAAAAAUCAUAAUUUUAUUAAUAAUAAAUUUGUAAUAUUUUUUUAGGUUGAUCUGUCUAGUUUGAAAUAUUAUUAUGUUAAUGAUCCUGAUGAUUUACGAGUUAGUCCUAUUAGUGAUGAUUUACAAAUAGCUUUAGAUCGUGCUGUGAAAUCUAUAACUGAUAUAACUGAACUGCCUCCACUUAAAGUAAAACUAUCCGGAACAAGAUACAGUUAUAGUUUAUGGAGGUAUUGGAUGACAAGAGAAGAAGAAUCUGAUUUUGCAGCUGCUUUGGGAAAUAAUCAAGUAACUAAUUUAAAUUAAGUUAAAAAGUAAUUUUAAAUUGAUUAUUUUUAUAUUACUAUUACAGUCUAGAGUUUCUGUUUGGUCAGAAGUUCCAAAAACCAUUUUAUGUCGUUCAAAUCAUACUUUAGCUGCAGUUUUAAAAUUAAUCGAUAUGCAAUUACCGAAAGUAAAUGAAACCUGGGCUCUCGCUGAAACAGAAAAACUUUCAAAUGAAAUAUCGGUAAAUUUAUAAUCUACUUAUAUUUAAUUUUAAAAAUAAGUGUUGAGUGUUACCACUGGGUAAUUUUCCAUAUUCUAAAUACUCAAUGUUAUUACUCAUAUUUUUCAUCCCAAUUGCAGAAUGUAUAUACUUGUAUAGAUUUGUAAUUUACUUUAUCAAAUAAAAAAAAUACAAAUACCUAUAAUAUGAUAUAACUGGUUCAAAUAUUAAAAAUAAAUUAUUAUUUUCUUUACAUUAUAAUAAUUAAAUUAAUUUGUACUACAUUACGUUCUUUUAUUUAGUAGUUAUUAUUGAUUAUAGAAUACAAAUAAUAAUUGAUAGUGAUGUGUGUUGUGUAAGUUGUUUUUAGUAUUUAUUGUUUUUAUGUUUUAGACAUUACUGAAUGAUGAUGGUGUACUACUAUUCCCUUCAUCUCCAACCACAGCUAAACAUCAUUGUGAACCGUUUUUACAUCCAUACAAUUUUGCCUAUUGGGCUAUUUUCAAUGUGUUAAAAUUACCAGUCACUCAAGUGCCUCUUGGCUUAGGUAAAAAUGGUUUACCAUUAGGAAUACAGGUAUGUUAAACUGACUUAUAUGAUAUAUUUAUUAGAAUAAUGUAAAUUUUCUUCUUCGGCUUCAUCUCAAUUAUUUAAGGUAGGCUAAACUUUUAUUUAACUUGAUCUCUUCCUCGCGUACACCGGCUGUCCUCAUAUUCUUAAUUUCACCCAACUACUUUUUUUUUGGUCUUCCUCUCCAUGACUUUCUUCCUAUGUUUGUUUUUAUUACAACUUAUUACUACUCUGAUUCCUCUCCCAAUAACAUGGCCAAACUAUCUCAGUCAAUUUUCUCUCAUUUUGUUAACUAUCGAAGCCUCACUUAAGAUACCUCUUACUCAUUCCUCUUCCUUAUCUCUGCUACAUUUAUUCUUUGUUUUAUUUUUCUGUCUACUACCCAACACUUGAAACCAUACACCAUAGUUGCUAUAAUCACACUUUUGUUGAACUUGUUAAGUCUUGUUGGAAUUCUCUUGUCACAUAAAAUAUAUUACACUGUUUAAUAGAAUUUUACAUCGGCUUUGAUCUUUUGUGAUAGUUUGUCAUUCCAUGGGAAUAAUCUAAACCACUCCCACAGGAGGAGUAAUGUUAAUAAUAGUGCAAAUUUAAACUAAUUUCAUUAAUUAUUAUUUUAUAGGUGGUUGCUGGUAUGCACCAAGAUAGGUUGUGUGUAGCUGUUGCAAAUCACUUAGAAAAAAUAUUUGGUGGAUGGAAACCUCCUUUUAUAACAAACAUAGAAUAAUUUAAUUUUAAAUAUUAUAAUAUUAAAUGGGAAAUUAUAAUUUGAAUGGUUUUGGUUAAUUGGUUGAUUGGAGAAAAUAAUUUUUUAUCUAUUUUUGUAUAUCUACUAUCAAAUAAUAAUUAUAGUUACCAAUUUUUAUAUUUUGUUGGAAUAAUAUGUGAUAGUACUAUUAUGUUUGUAUAAUAUUUAAAAAAAAUUUUUUUUAGUAUUUUACUUAAAAUUAAUAUAUUCUGGACAAUAACUUGUGGACUAAAUUUAGUUUUAAUAAUUUAUAUUUUUGUAAAACAAAUAUUGUAUUGAAAUAUGAAUAUAUUUGUAUUUGUUUUGUACAUGGGAUUCUUAGAUAGAAAUCUACAAUAUAUUGGGGAAUUAUGUUUGUUUUUGUUAUAUAUUAUUUAGGAAUUGAAUGUUGGUCAGUAUUUUCUAUAGAGUAUUUUUGGAGAUAACGUCACUCGCCGGAUAAAUUUAAUACUAUUCAAAAAAAUAAUCAGCUCCCACUGCAUGAUAUUAUUUGUCAGCGGCGGUGGAUGGCUGUAUUGCUGUAUGGGAUUACGGCAGCCGGCGGUUCAAUAAUUCUUUGUGCACUUACACACCACUAUGUCUUAUGGUAGUUGUACCAGAAGUGGAAAUGAAAUUGUCAAAUGCGCAUGCACGCCUGGUACAAAAAUUGUAAUUGCCUGUCGUAUUCCAUGACUGAUACUGCUGUGGACGCUGUGUAUUGUGUAUAAUGGCACAUAACACUUGUUUUUCUCAAAUUUCACAAUUAGUAUUUCAUUAAUUCCAUAAAAUAAUUUGUAUUCUUGUCUCAAAUAAAUAUGAAUGUAUUUCUAGUUUAUAAUAUAUAUUAUAAUAAUUAAUAAUAGGUUUUUAUAUUAUAGUAUUAUAAUAAUGUAUAGUUUUUAAAAUUGUAGGUGGUGCACUGUUCUUGUGCACCAUAGCAUGAGCCGCCACUGAUGUAUUAGUACCUAUUAUAAAGUUAAGUACUUUAUAUUAUAAGUAUAACAAAUUUAAAUGUUUUCCUAUUGUAUUAGGCUGUACUAAAUAAUUUAUUAAAGUUUAUAAUACUCAAUUAUAAUAAUAUUGUGCAAGGUAUUUUAAAGACUGAGUGCCUAAUGGUUAUAUAAAGUUAAAAUAUAUUGUUUGAAUUUAUUUAGUGUUAAAAAAUAUAAUGUGAUGAUUUUAUAAUUAUUAAUAAUACAGUAUAUUUUUAAACAAGUAGUGAAAUGAAACCUGG